GUAUAACCUAUUUACUUCUGACAUGCCAAACAAUGAACUCCUACAAUAGCCAUUUCAGAAAAAGGAUAUGCCAGUUAUUCGACAGUACUCGUUGAUGAUACUAAUACUCAUAUCGGCACUAGAAAUAAGCAAUGGUACUCCAGUAGAUUCGCGAUUACACAAACUGUCCAAACGUCGUCUCUUGGAGAGAGAAUUGGAAUACCUCAAGGAACAACCACUCAGCGAAGAUUUGCAGAGUUUUAUAAGGAGAGUUAAACGUAGUAAGAAAGAGUCCCAUUACAAGGUCAAAAGAGAUAGUGAUGACAGCAUCAUACUCUCAGAUAAUGAGAACCUUUGCAAUGAUAUGUCCACAACAGCAUGCAGCACAACAUACGAGAUAUCCACAGCUUCAAUUGCUGCUACAUCAGCAUCCACUGUAGAAACGACGCAACCUCCUACUACAACGGAAGCAACAACAAUUACAACUGUCAAAACUACCUUCAGUACAACAGUAGCAACAACAACUACACCUGUCAAUGUUACCUCCAGUACUGCUUCAACUUCAACAACGGUGUUACCAAGUACGAUUGGCAUGAAGGAGGCAGUAGAUGAGGAGAAGCAGGAGGAAGCCCGGCUUGAACCGCAGCUUUUAACGAAAGUUGUCGAUGAUGUUCAAGAGUUGUUAAAGAUAUCACAAGAAGAUAGUGCUAAAGGACCAGAGUCAUCGAUGUGCAACGUGACAGGUGAUUGGGAUAGCAACGCUGGAGGCAUGCAGUUGCGCUUAGAUUCUAAAACAAAUGGUACCCACGAAAAUCCAAGUGUUGAACUUGUGGACUUGGAGCCUCCACCCAGGAAUCCGGGAUUUCUAAGUCAUGAUUGGACUAUGAAGGCUCAUGUACCUUUCCUUCAUUCUUCAGUUGUCUUGUUAACUGCAUAUCAUAACUACAUGAAGAAGAUUGCAGUAUUUAUAGGAGAAUGCAGAGUAUGUGAGAAUCAAGAAAGCAUAACCGGAAGUUGGAUGGUAGGAAGAAAAUCGCGAAGCUGUAAGGACCGAGAAGAAACUCAUCAAUUUUUUACAGACGUGUUAAGAAAAAAUAAUGUUAGAGAACUACAAGCUGCUCAUUACAGGCUUGGCGUUGCUGCCUCAAAUACAACUAGUCUACCUACUUGAAUCAUAUCUCGUGUAUUGGUGAACCUUACAUUCCGUUUGCUUUUAUAUAAGUGUAAGUCUACGAGAAAACGGUAGGUCUCAGCUUUCGAUCAAACCGCAUAGGAUGGAAUGGCAUACGGACAUACUGUUGUUAGAGUAUAUGAUAAAUAAAAGAUGCUAAUAACUAUA